AUGAGGCCUCACAUCAUCCUUCUCCUCCUCUUUCUCGCCGUCCUCCCUCUCUAUGCCAACGCCGCCCUGGGCCAACCCUGGAAGCCGAUUCCGGAUGUAUCAGAUCCGCACAUCCAAUCGAUUGGUAAAUUCGCAGUCGCCGAAUUCAACAGGCAGAGAAACACUGACCUGAUUUUCAAAUCUGUCCUAAGCGGGAAGGUUGCGGCCAUCAGAGAAACCAGGUACCUCCUGCAUCUCGCUGUGGAGUGGCAAGAGCCGACGUGCUACGACGCCUUAGUUCUGGAGCUCGACCCCUUGGAGGUUUUGUCCUUUGAGAGCAAGAUCUGCUAA